UGUGGAAUCAGAACAUUCCAAGUUGAAAAGCUGAUCUGCAUCAACACAAUCCACAUUCAGAUGAAUGUUGUACAUUCAGUAGCUCUGACCUGCACAGAACAUGAGUAAACAGGAAGAAGAGAAGGGAAUGGACAGGAAGGUAGACGGGAUGUCCUGCAACAUCAUCAAUGAGCUGCGGUUAGAGAAGCAGCUCUGUGACGCAGUCAUCGUGGUGGACGGUGCCGAAUUCCACGUGCACAAGAUCAUCCUGUGCGGCUGCAGCCCAUACUUCAUGGCUCUCUUCACCAACGGCGGGUAUCCUCCUGAUAAGAUCAGGUACAGCAUCCCUAACGUUUCCGCAGAGAUAAUGGAGCUGAUCGUGGAGUACGCGUAUAUAAGACGUGUUAACAUCACGGAGAAAAACGUGUGUAAGCUGCUGAUCGCUGCUGAUUAUCUGUUGGUGAACAGCCUGCUGAACGACUGCUGCACGUUCCUGAAGGCUAAGCUGUGUCCCGAGAACUGCGUUAACAUCUGUCGUUUAGCUCACUCCUACUUCUGCGAGAAGUUGAAGCAGCACGAAUUCCGGUUUAUCUUGCACAACUUUGAGGAGAUGGUGCGCCUCUCUGAGGAGUUCCUGGACCUGACGGUCGAGCAGCUAAGCGAGAUCAUCGAGAAGGACGAACUGAACGUGAAACAGGAGAGCGUGGUGUUUGAAGCCAUCUUACAGUGGAUCAAACAUGCGCCAUGGAAACGGAAAGCGCACAUAGGAGUGUUACUGCCUAAGGUGCGUCUGGGGCUAUUGACACACGAUUACCUUAUGAACAAUGUGAGCAACAACGUUUUAGUGAUGGACGACAUGACAUGUAAGCUGAUCGUCACUAGCGUUCUGAUGGGCAUCGAUGACCUCAACCCGAGCCUUCCUCUCAGCUCUGAUCUCCAGAGACUCCGCCUGCCCAGCGCCGUUCUGCUGGCCAUCGGUGGCUAUGGCCACAAGAAUCUCAAUACCAUAGAAGUGUAUGAUACGCGAGCAGCGCGCUGGGUCAACGUCACAUGCACCGACGAGAGUCCACGAGCCUAUCACGGGACGGUGUAUCUGAACGGCUUCGUGUACUGCAUCGGAGGAUUCGACAGUGUGGAUUUCCUCAACAGUGUGAGAAGGUUUGACCCCAUCACCAGAACCUGGGCUCAGGUGACCCCCAUGCACUCUUGCCGGUGUGACGUGAGUGUGUGUGUGCUGGACAGUCGUAUCUAUGCGAUGGGAGGAUUUGAUGGCAUCAGACAGAUGAAGACGGUGGAGCGAUAUGAACCUGAGAAUGAUCGGUGGUGCAUGAUCGCGCCGAUGCACGAACCAAGGGGCGACUCUAGCGCUACAGUACUGAAUGGCAAAGUGUACAUAUGCGGAGGGUUUGACGGGAACGAGUCUUUGUUCACGGGGGAGUAUUACAGUCCUCAGACAGGAGAGUGGACCCUCAUCACCCCCAUGAUGAUCAGAAGGCGUGGACUGGGCGUGGUUGCGUACGGAGGAUGGGUUUACGCUGUCGGGGGAAAUGAUGGUGUUAAUCACCUAAGCAAUGUAGAGGUGUAUAAUCCUCAGACCAACGUGUGGACACAAGGUCCAGCCAUGAACAACAAGCGCAGCAACUUCGGCAUUGAGGUGCUGGACGAUCUCCUGUUCGUUGCUGGAGGACAUAACGGCACUACCAUCAUGGAUGAAGUGGAGUGUUAUGAUAAGCAGACUUCUGAAUGGCAUGACAUAUGACUUUACGGUUAACAAAGUCCCUAUAUCCAUCUUUUGGCGGAAGUAUGGGAAUGUGCGUCCCGUCAACGCAUUCGAUUAUCUGUGGUAUGUGAUGUUCCUUUUCGAAUCUGUGGGCAAUUGCCUCCUCCAGACUAGGAACCUUGAUUAGAUUUUUUGCAUAGGAUACCAUUCCUUUGCAAAACAUGUACACAAACUUUUUGACCGUGCAUUUGUGCACGCCAAAUUGAUUAGCUAUUACUCGGUAUUCCCCGCAGCUACCGAGUUGGUACAGGACCACUGCCACCCGCAUCUCCAAGGGCAGAGGUGCACGUACAGUGACUUCCUGGGGACUCAUGAUAUCCUCCAUCACGGAACAUAAUUUUACAAAUGAUCUCCGCGACAUGCGAAAAUUUUCUUUCCAUUCGGCUACAACAGAUUCCAUUAAAACAACUCUCUCCCACCAGUCCUUACUUCGUACUCUCAUCCAGUACCUCCGAGUUUGUCGUGGUGGCAUGAAUGAAAUGUUGCCGAAUGAAAGUACAGAGGAGGCCUGUUUGUAGAAUUUGUAAUCGCAGUCGUCUAUUUGUACAUUUAGCAUGACAAAUGAUUAACUGCUCUUGAAGCUUUCGUAAAAUUAAAAAUGAAACACCCAAAACUGUAUACGGUACCAUAACGAAGAGAAGCUGUAUGUUAAUAUGUAACAUUCUGGAGGGACGUCGGAAGGCGUGGUGCGGUGACGUAAUGACGCGGCCUCUUAAUCUAAUUAUGAUCUAUAACAUGUAAAACGGGAACAUGACAGGAGUAUUCUACAAGCGACCAAUGUAAACACCUUAAUCACAUUAUUAUCACUCAGAUUAAGGUCAAUAAUUAGAUUAUUGCUGUCCAUGUAAAUGCAGCUAGUGUAAAAUAGCCCAAACCCACCUUCUGUUUCAGGCGGCAUUGUGAUGGAUGGAGCUUGACUGCCCUCGUGUGUCCAAACUCGGGAACAGCAGUUUCCCAGAAGCGGUACUCUGUUCCAAGUUCGUGGUAGUUAGCCAAGAAAUAUUACCUGAUUACUAUUACCCACCCCCCCUUUUUUAAACCUGUUUGUGAUAAUUAUUGUAUACAUUACCUUUAUCUUUGUAAUGUUCUUCCCUAUUUGUCAUCUAUUCUCGAGUGAAAUAGAUGAGGCCACGUAGGGAACACAUGAAGCAGUGAUGGGAAUUAAAUUUCUACUAACAUUAGAAACUCAUUAAUAUUUUCAUAUUACAAAUCAAUUUGUGUACUUUAACAUUAUAUAAUAUACAUAGAAGUAUAUUUAUCAAUUAAAUUUUUAUUUAUUUGUAUAGCGCUUUUACAAUAGACAUUGAAUCAAAGCAGUUUUACAGAAAUAUCAAACUAUUUAUCAUCAUCAUGUGUGAAUAUGCUUUAAAUGUGUUGGUGUGCUGUCUGUAUACGUGUCUCUUUCCGUCUGUCUGGCCGGCGUGCGCACGUAUAUAGUGAAAUCAGAGCAGUGUUCAGAGUUCUAGAUCUAUCCUGGUGGUAUGCGUGACCAUUUUCCCGUUUAUGAUGCCGUGAAUGUCGAGUUUUUAAACGUUGUGGUAUCUGAGCAGGCCUCUGUAUUCAUUUGAAGGGAGUUGUAUUAAAUCAUUGCUGUAUCUAACCGUUGCAUUUUGGUAAAUAAAUAAAUGGCUUUUAUCCAAAGCACUUUACACUGUGUCUCAUUCACCCAUUCACACACAC